CAUAAGCUUGUCCUCGGUCUCGUUUGCUCACUCCUUCCACCACCACCCUCACGACACUGAACGACAUGGCUGACCCUAGUGGUGCAAUCCCCGCCGGCGACGAUGAUACUAGCACCGCGAUCCUCAGGACGAAGAAAUCGCCCAACCGUCUGAUUGUCGAUGAGGCGACUUCCGACGACAACUCUGUCGCCACUCUCAACCCGGCAACGAUGGAGACGCUCCAGCUCUUCCGCGGAGAUACGAUCAUCGUCCGGGGGAAGAAGCGGCACGACACUGUUCUCAUCUGCUUGAGCUCCGACGAUGUCGAGGAGGGCAAGAUCCAGAUGAACAAAGUCGCACGUAACAACCUCCGCGUAAAGCUCGGUGACAUGGUCAAUGUCCACCCCUGCCUCGACAUCAAGUACGGCAAGCGCGUUCACAUUCUGCCCUUCGAUGACUCCGUCGAAGGUCUGAGUGGCAACAUCUUCGAUGUAUAUCUCAAGCCCUACUUCCUCGAGGCUUACCGGCCUCUACGGAAGGGCGACACCUUCCUUGUUCGCGGCGGUAUGCGGACGGUCGAGUUCAAGGUUAUUGAGACGGACCCCGCGGAAUACUGUAUAGUGGCACAAGACACUGUGAUCCACACAGAGGGCGACCCCGUCAAGCGCGAAGACGAGGAGGCGAAUCUUAACGAGGUCGGCUACGACGACAUUGGUGGCUGCCGCAAGCAGAUGGCACAGAUCCGUGAACUCGUGGAGCUCCCCCUCCGCCAUCCUCAGUUGUUCAAGGCUAUCGGUAUCAAGCCCCCUCGUGGUAUCCUCAUGUUCGGUCCACCUGGUACUGGUAAGACGCUCAUGGCACGUGCGGUCGCAAACGAGACGGGCGCGUUCUUCUUCCUUAUUAACGGCCCGGAGAUCAUGAGCAAGAUGGCUGGAGAGUCUGAGAGCAACCUGCGGAAGGCGUUUGAGGAGGCUGAGAAGAACUCACCAUCUAUCAUCUUCAUCGACGAAAUCGACUCCAUUGCGCCGAAGCGCGAGAAGACGAACGGCGAGGUCGAGCGUCGCGUGGUUUCGCAGCUGCUCACUCUCAUGGACGGCUUGAAGGCGCGUUCAAACGUCGUCGUUAUGGCUGCCACCAACCGUCCCAACUCUAUCGAUCCUGCCCUCCGUCGGUUCGGUCGGUUCGAUCGUGAGGUCGACAUCGGCAUCCCCGACCCCACUGGCCGCCUGGAGAUUCUUCGCAUCCACACCAAGAACAUGAAGCUCGGGGACGACGUUGACCUUGAGCAGAUUGCCGCGGACACUCACGGUUACGUCGGUUCCGAUCUUGCUGCGCUCUGCUCGGAAGCCGCCAUGCAGCAAAUUCGUGAGAAGAUGGACUUGAUUGACCUCGACGAGGACACCAUCGACGCAGAGGUGCUUGACUCCCUGGGUGUUACCAUGGACAACUUCCGCUUCGCUCUCGGCACCUCCAACCCGUCUGCCCUGCGCGAGACUGUCGUGGAGGUUCCCACCGUCAAGUGGGAGGACAUUGGUGGUCUCGACAAGGUCAAGCAGGAGCUCCAGGAGACCGUCCAGUACCCCGUCGAGCACCCCGACAAGUUCAUCAAGUACGGCAUGUCACCAUCCAAGGGUGUACUGUUCUACGGUCCCCCUGGUACGGGUAAGACAUUGCUCGCCAAGGCCAUCGCGAACGAGACGCAGGCGAACUUUAUCUCCAUCAAGGGUCCCGAGCUGCUCACUAUGUGGUUCGGUGAGUCUGAGGCGAACGUUCGCGACGUCUUCGACAAGGCACGAGCGGCGGCACCUUGCGUGAUGUUCUUCGACGAACUGGACUCCAUCGCGAAGGCGCGUGGUGGUUCGUCAGGGGAUGCUGGAGGCGCGGGCGACCGUGUGCUGAACCAGAUCCUGACGGAGAUGGAUGGCAUGAACGUCAAGAAGAACGUGUUCAUCAUUGGCGCGACGAACAGGCCCGACCAGAUCGACCCUGCCCUCCUCCGUCCUGGUCGUCUUGAUCAGCUCAUCUACAUACCUUUGCCCGACGAGCCCUCGCGUCUGUCCAUCCUCCGGGCGGCGCUCAGGAAGAGUCCGGUUGCCCCGGAUGUCGACCUCAUCUUCCUCUCGAAGCACACGCACGGCUUCUCCGGUGCUGAUUUGACGGAGAUCUGUCAACGUGCGGCGAAGCUCGCGAUCCGCGAGAGUAUCGAGUCGGACAUCCGGCGCGCACGGGAGAAGAAGGAGAAGGAGGACGCGGGCGACGUCAAGAUGGAGGAGGACGAGGAGGAGGAAGAGGACCCCGUCCCGGUCAUCACAAGGGCACACUUCGAGGAGGCGAUGCGCUUCGCCCGUCGCUCAGUGUCCGACGCGGAUAUCCGGAGAUACGAGAUGUUCGCGCAGAACCUGCAGCAGUCGCGGUCGUUCGGGUCGAGCUUCAAGUUCCCCGACUCCGCUGGCACUGUCGCGCCGGCGGCGGCGCCCGCCGCGAGCAAUGCUGGGUUCGGCGAGGACACGCAGGACGACGACUUGUACGCAUGA